AUGUCUCAACCGUUUGGUGCCAACAUCGAUAUAAGGGACACGGUCAAUUCAAUCAGAUUUCAACUACAGCGAAAUGCUAAAAAUGAUCUCUUCGCUGUCUUCGGUAAUGCUAAAGAUUUGACUGGAAGAGAGAGAGAGAGAGAGAGAGAGAGAGCUAAAGGGGUUUCGAGUGAAGAUGAAGGAGGGAAAGCAAUAGAGACGUCACAGCCGACGGUGGCUCCUCCGGCGAAGCACAGCCGACAGCUAGGAGCUCAGCUGUCGGGAAGCAUGAGUUUCAGCAGACAAAUGUCGAAUGAAGACGAGGAGAUGUCGAGGACGGCUUUGUCUGCUAUCAGGGCGAAAGAAGAGGAGAUCGAGAAGAAUAAGAUGGAGAUUAGGGAAAGGGUUCAAGCUCAGCUUGGUCGUGUCGAAGAGGAGACUAAGCGCCUCGCUUUGAUCCGUGAGGAACUUGAAGGUUUAGCUGAACCCAUGAGGAAAGAAGUUGCUUUGGCCAGGAAGAAGAUUGAUUCUGUCAACAAAGAGUUAAAGCCUUUGGGUCAUACUGUUCAGAAAAAGGAACGAGAGUACAAAGAAGCUCUUGAAGCAUUCAACGAAAAGAACAGGGAGAAGGUGCAGCUAAUCACCAAGCUUACGGAGACUCGAGAAUAAUAAAUAAGAUUCAGUGAGAAAGGUGAAUCAGGCCAACAUGCAUGACGGCACAUCCAGAAAGUAAUUUACCUUCUUGAUACCAGCAAUCACAUGCAGCGGAACAAAACCAUGAUCAUCCAUGUGCCCACGAAGGUAUGUGUCUCUAAUCAAAUUCUCUUCACUGUAACAAAAAGAAACAUUUGCAUCUAAAUUACUCCUUCCCAGAAGAGAAAUGAGACGAAUAAGAGAGAUUCAAUACAAAAGUACUACCUAAAAUAAUAUUGUAUUUGCUUCUGUAGUUUUACGUUUAGAGGAAGAUCUUGGACUUGGUAAAAGACUGGACCAGGUGAGAGAGGGCUGAUGAAAGGCAUACGGGGAUAAUAUGGAGAUGCCAAUUCUGAAAUGAAAGACGCAUUAGAAAAAAAAAAAGAGUUCCAAAACGUGAUCUUUCAAUGUAUCUCACUAGGAGGAAAGGGCACAUGCCCGCCAAAAGGCUGAAUAGGCUGAGCUGCCAUAAACUGAGGAGGAAUUGACUGCAUAGUUGGAGGUUGAUGUCUCACAAAUGCUGGGGCGCCUCUUUGUGAAUGUGCAUUUCCAUCUCUCCCACUAAAGCUUCUGCAAAAAUUCCAGUUUUGAUUCCCUUGCUCCUGGCUGCGCCUGCCACCAUGACUUUGGUGGUGGUGGUGGUGGUGGUUACCAUUUUGGUUCCUGUGCGAGUGCCGUGGUGAAAAGUUGUCACUACAACCACCAUGGGUUUGUGAUGCAGAGCCAUUCCUCUGGUUUUGGCCUCUAGGAGAAGGGUUGUGCGAAGGUGUUUCGACAAGUGGACCUUGAGAAACAGUACCAUUAGCAGCGGAUCCAGAAGAGCUAUAGUAAUUUUUAAAAAAAUUUAUAAAAUAAAAAAAAUUUAAUAUAAAAUAAUUUUACUGUUGACUUACUAUUCUAAUAUUUCAAUUUGAAUAUUCUCUUUGUUUUAUAAUAUAAUGGUUUAAAAGUAUUUUUUGUUACACUAUAUAAAUUGUUUUUAUAUUUCAAUGUAACUUUAUAUUUAUUAUAUAUUGCGUGGCCAAUUAAAUUAUGUAAAUUACUGUAUAAUUGUUUAAAUUUAAAUAUUAAAUGACAGUUUUCUAAAGAAAUAACUUUUAAAUAUUACAGAUUUUAAUUAAAAUUGAUUACAUUUUGAAGCAGAUGGAGUAAUCUAUAAACUAACUCUAUAUAUAUACCUUGAAUUUCUCUCAUUAUGUGCAUUCCUAACUCGAAUGAGAUAAUCAACAUCUAAUAUUAUGUUACUCUCAGUAUAUUAGAAAUGAUCGAACCGUAAACCAAUUAAGGAUGAUGUAAGGAAGACAUAAAUAUGUAUUUCCAGUUAUCAUAAAAUAUAGAAUCAAUUGACAGCAACUUAAUUAUGUUCAGCGUAGAACAACAGAGAAGAGUUUCCAUAAUUUCUAAUAUUAUAAUAUCUCACUAUUUUAAGCUUUUCUCUAGCACAAAUACUCACUUUAUUCUGAAGUUUAAGCUUUUCUAUCUGAUGAUAUUAGUAGUUUGAUCCAAAAAAGAAAACAGUCGAACUGUACAUUGUAAUUGGAAAAAGAAAACAAACAAAGGUAUAUGAAACAAAAACUGGAAAUAUCAAUUAUCUGCAAUUAAAGAAUAAUAAAGCAAUAAAAUUGUAAAAAUACAAAAAAAAAA